AUGUCAGAACCCAUCAGAGCUAAGCCAAAAUCUUCUAUGAAGAUUGAUAAUGCUCCAACUCCUCACAAUACUCCUGCUAGCGUAAUGAAUAACAGUUUUUUGAAAAACGGUAAUCCUGUGCAGAACAGAAAGGACAAUAGCAACAGCGAAUCUAACAAAGGUACUACUGCUGCUGCUACUCCUCCCACCAAUGAAGCACCUCAGACUAUUAAGGAAGAAGAUAUGCAAGGUGCAUUGACCAACCAACCGCUGCUUCUACAAAGUAUUCAAGAAAAAUUGGGAUCACUAGUGGGUCAAGAUAGCGGAUACGUGGACCAGUUACCAAUACAGAUCAGAAAUCGUAUCUAUGGAUUAAAGAAAUUACAAAAUGAUCUUUUCGCCAUUGAAAAGGAUUUCCAAGUGGAAAUGUUUGAACUAGAACAAAAAUACUUGCAGAAAUAUGCCCCAUUACAUGAUCGUCGUCGUCGUAUAGUUGCUGGUGAUGAUGAACCUUCGAGUCAAGAGGUCACCAAGGGUAAAGAAAUCGAAAGAUUGGAAAAAGCAGACCAAGGAGAAGACGAAGAUGAUGAAGAUGAUGAAACAAAUCAGAUGACUGGUGAAGACGACAAGACAGAUGUUAAAGGUAUUCCAUCAUUCUGGUUGACAGCAUUAGAAAAUUUGCCUGUGGUCUCCGAUACCAUUACUGAUCGUGACGCUGAAGUUCUAGAUUAUUUGCAAGACGUACAAUUACAGUAUUUGACCGAAGGUAAACCAGGUUUCAAAUUGGUUUUCACAUUUGACAAAGAUGUACCAUUCUUUGAUAACACAGUUUUGACAAAGACUUACUACUAUCAAACCGAAUUGGGUUAUUCAGGUGAUUUUAUCUACGAUCACGCUGAGGGUGACAAGAUUAACUGGACAGACAACGAAUGCAAUGUUACUAUUACAGUGGAAAAGCGUAAACAGAGGAAUAAGGUUACCAAGCAAGUUCGUACUAUCGAAAAAAUUACACCGGUGGAAUCCUUCUUCAACUUUUUCGAUCCACCAAGAGCACCAAGCAGCGCAGAAAAAGAUUCAGAACCAGAACAACAAGACCCUGCAGCUGAAACCGCUGAGGAAGGAUUGGAAGAUGAAGAAGAAUUAGAAGAACUCGAACAACGAUUGGCUCUUGACUAUUCUAUUGGUGAACAGUUGAAAGAUAAAUUGAUUCCUCGCGCUAUCGAUUGGUUUACCGGGGCAGCACUGGAAUUCGAAUUCGACAACGAGCAAGAUGAUGAAUUCGAAGAAGGUGAUGAGGAUGAAGAUGAAGAUGAAGACGAGGAUGAAGAUGAGAAUGAUGACGAUGAUGACGAUGAUGAAGAAGAAGAGGACGAUUUUGCGGGCAAGAAAGAGAAUCCGCCUGAGUGUAAGCAGUCUUAA